AGGAGCAAAACAAUAGAACAUAGUAGAAAAUUGCCUGCUAACUAACAAUGUUUGGUAGCAUUGCUAAGAGGUGGAAGGAGAUCAACGGGAAAAAUGACUGGAAGGGUUUACUGGAUCCCCUGGACAUCGAUUUGCGCCGCAACAUCAUCAACUACGGCGAGCUCGCGCAGGCGGCAUACGACGCCUUCAACACGGAGAAGCGGUCGCCGUUUGCCGGCGCGUGCAUGUACAGUCGGUCGAACUUGUUCGAGAAGGCGGAGAUCUCCUCGCCGAACAUCUACAAGAUCACGAAGUUCCUCUACGCGACAUCCAGUAUCGGUGUUCCAGAAGCGUUCAUCAUAAAGUCAUCGUUGAGCAGGGCGUGGAGCGAGGAGUCGAACUGGAUGGGGUUCGUGGCGGUGGCGACGGACGAGGGGCGGGCCGUGCUGGGGCGGCGGGACGUGGUGGUGGCGUGGCGCGGGACGAUCCAGUUGCUGGAGUGGGUCAAUGACCUGGAUUUUGCAUUGGUUUCGGCUUCUGGAGUAGUAGGUUCUGGGACUAGCAAAGGAUCAGAGCCGCUGGUGCACCGGGGAUGGCUCUCGAUCUAUACCUCGGCCAACCCGAACUCAUCGUACAAUACCGAUAGUGCCAGAAAACAGGUGUUGGACGAGAUCCAACGACUCAUGCAGGAGUACAAGGACGAGGAGACGAGCAUCACCAUCACCGGGCACAGCCUCGGCGCGGCGCUCGCGACGCUCAACGCCGUCGACAUCGUGUCCAACGGCCUCAACAAGUCGCGCAGGCUCCUCACCACGAAGACGACCCCGGUGGCCGCCGUCGUCUUCGCAAGCCCCCGCGUCGGCGACGCCAACUUCAAGAAGGCGUUCGACAAGCUCGCACCGGACAGCCUCCGCCUCCUCCGCGUCCGCAACGCGCCCGACCUGAUCCCCAGCUACCCGCUGAUCGGAUACGACGACGUCGGAGCCGAGCUGGCCGUCGACACGAGGCAGUCGCCGUACCUGAAGUCGCCCGGGAAUCCGGUCACGUGGCACAACCUCGAGUGCUACCUGCACGGCGUCGCGGGGACGCAGGGGCAGAAAGGUGGGGGCUUCGAGCUGGCAGUGGAGCGCGACGUGGCGCUCGUGAACAAGAGCGUCGACGCGCUGAAAGACGAGUACCCGGUGCCCGUAGCGUGGAAGGUGGACAAAGAUAAGGGGAUGGUGAGGGGGCCCGACGGGAAGUGGAGCCUGGUGGACCAUGAGGAGACCUGAUGUGGUGAUCAACAGUUAAUUAAUUUGGUUGGUUAAUUAGGAUUUAAGUGUGAUUUACACACAUGCAAAAUAGAAUAAAAGGAAAAAAAUUAUGAAAAAAAAAAUGCUAGUCAUACACUCGCAUUUGGAAUGCAUAAAUAUUACACUUACCUCACCUAUUUGGUAGCUAGGUGGAGUGUUUUCACAUAUCACAUUAAUAUGUGACAUAUAAAAAGGACUCUACGAUCAGUAUAAGGUAUGUAUUUUUUUUU